GUGAAGGUCGGAGAAGGCUGGCAGAUCCUCUACCCAGGCCGCAGCCUGAAGAUUCAAGAGGGCGUCGCGGAGGUGGUGGUUCGGCUUGUAGAAGACCAGGCCGUUCUGGGCAAAGGGCUUGCAAAGGGAGAGCUGAAGGCUUCCCAGAGCUUUGGAGACUUCAGUGAGGCUGCCUUGCGUCGGGACCUGCAGGAGCAGGCGGACGUGCAGCGCGAGGCCAAACGCCGCCGGGAAGUAGCGCGGCAGAGGCAAGCCCUCAAUGAGAAGGAGACGAGGCGGCGGAUGUACAAGACGGAAAUGAACUUUGGCAUUGUUGUGCUCCUCGUGCUGCCGGGCAUCGCCACUGCGUUGGUGAUCCUGUGCGCAGCUGUCCCCCCCUCGGAUGGUGUGAUGGCCGCACUGCUGAGCGUCCUUGCAGCUCUUUGUUGUUGCUGUGUGAACUUCUGGGCCAUGGUCUUCGGAGAUGUGGAUGAGAAAACUGGCUUCCGCAGUGGUGGGCAUGGGAUGCGCGAGCGCUACUGCCUCCAUGUCCUCUGGGGUGUAGCAGUGCUGGCUUUGCUGGGGCUGACAGUCCAUCACGGCCUACGUGCCUGGUGGUGGACGUCUCUGAUCUUCUGGCCGGUCGCCGGUUUUGCUGGGCUCUGCUUCCUCUGCUCCCGGUGCGCCCGUGGCAAGCAGCUGACCGAUGCGGAGGAGGUAGAAGAGGGGAUGGCUCGCGGAAUGGCCGAGCGCGAUGUGAGGGAACGCACCAUCGUCUUCGGCGGCUCGGUGAUCGAAGAGCCUGGCCGGCCUUGUGUGUGCUCAUGGCCUGGAAAGUACGAAGCUGCCUGGGAUGCACUCGUGGCAUCCAGUCGCAAGGGGGAGGUCAGUGCAGCAGUGGUGUUUCUGCCGGAGCAUACCAGCCAGUACGGCCAGCAUGACGAGAUCCCUCCCAGCGAGGACCUCCACGGUGCAUGCUGGUGCGUGCCCCUCUACGGUGAACAAAAGCCAUGGGGUUGCCGCUGGUGGAGCCACUGGAUCCAGAACAUCGAGACGGCCGUGCUCUGCGGCGCGAAGCUUGAGGUCUACUUCUUUGCGUAUGCCGUUGGCAAGGGGAAGGUGGAAAGCUUCGCCACGGCGGGUGCGGAGAACCUGCGGAGGGAGGCGCUGCAACGGCGGCGUGGGGAGUUCCAGCAGUCCCAGGAGUUCCUUCAG